GAAAUAAUCUCUUAUAAAUACCAGCUAUUGUUAUGAAACAGCAGUAUAAACCCGUUUUCAAUUCAAUGAAACAAUACGCAACAAUAGGAGAACUGUUGGAGCAUUGAAUCAAAUAAAGGAAAAACCAUGGAAACGAUGUACUUCAUGCGAUUAGUCCCGGAUAUAUGCAAAUUAGACGAAUACGUGGAUCUGUCAUUCAAGCAGUUGAAAAUUAACUAGAUAGGUUACAGAUAGGACGCCGCUUCUUUUGCAGACCAGUUCACUUCAAUUUGCUUGCACCGAUCAGAAUUCGAUAUUUGUAGAAGAGGCGACAGAACAAAAUGAGGGAAAUUGUACAUUUGCAGGUUGGCCAGUGCGGCAAUCAGAUUGGAGCUAAGUUCUGGGAGGUCAUCUCUGAUGAGCAUGGUCUCGACCAAACUGGCGCCUACCAUGGUGACUCCGACUUUCAACUUCAGAGGAUAAAUGUCUACUACAGUGAAGCAUCUAGUGGAAAUUAUGUACCCCGCGCCAUAAUGGUGGAUCUUGAACCCGGCACACUGGAAUCUGUCCGCUCCGGACCGUUCGGUCAGAUUUUCAGACCCGAUAACUUCGUUUAUGGUGUGAGUGGUGCUGGCAACAACUGGGCUAAGGGUCAUUACACUGAAGGGGCUGAGCUGGUCGACUCUGUGUUAGAUGUGGUAAGGAGGGAAGCGGAGACCUGUGACUGUCUUCAGGGUUUCCAGCUGACUCACUCCUUGGGAGGUGGAACUGGUUCUGGCAUGGGCACAUUGCUUCUUUCCAAAAUCAGAGAGGAGUACCCAGACAGGAUAAUGUGCACAUACUCUAUCAUACCUUCACAAAAGGUAUCAGACACUGUCGUUGAACCUUACAAUACGACAUUGUCUGUCCAUCAGCUUCUUGAAAAUACCGACCAGACAUACUGCAUUGACAAUGAGGCUCUCUACGAUAUUUGCUCCAGGACCCUGAAACUCACAACUCCCACAUUUGGUGAUCUUAACCAUCUAAUUUCUCUCACAAUGUCUGGUGUGACCACUAGCCUCAGGUUCCCAGGUCAGCUGAAUGCUGAUCUCCGGAAACUUGCUGUCAACAUGGUCCCAUUCCCACGUCUCCACUUCUUCAUGCCCGGCUUCGCUCCUCUCACCUCCCGUGGUAGCCAACAGUACCGAGCCCUGACUGUACCCGAACUAACUCAACAAAUGUUCGAUACCAAGAACAUGAUGGCCGCCUGUGAUCCAAGGCAUGGCCGUUACCUCACAGUUACAACUGUCUUCAGAGGACGCAUGUCCAUGAAAGAAGUUGAUGAACAGAUUUUGAACAUCCAGAACAAGAACAGCAGCUACUUUGUUGAGUGGAUCCCUAACAACGUGAAGACUGCCGUUUGUGACAUACCACCCAAAGGACUCAAGAUGUCGGCAACCUUCAUUGGUAACACCACUGCCAUCCAUGAGCUGUUCAAGCGGGUCUCAGAGCAGUUCACAGCCAUGUUCAAUCGCAAAUCUUUUUUGCACUGGUACACAGGUGAGGGGAUGGAUGAGAUUGAAUUCACUGAUGCAAAAUCAAAUAUGGACGGCUUAGUGUCUGAGUACCAGCAGUACGAGGAAGUAAAUGAAUUUGAAUACUUUAACGAGGAGCAGGGAGUUGAAGUUGACGUUGACGAGAAUUGAGCACAUAAAAACCCUUUUUGGCGUUGCCUCAAUUAUUCCCAAUGUACACUAAUUUCUCACUUUUGUUCUCUGAUAAUUUAUAUAUUUUAGUCUUGCAUCUGGACAGUCAGCAUAUGAAAGCCUCUUAUAAUAUUUUACUGCCUAAGCUAAACACACUUUGUUUUAUAAUGAGAAGAUUAUCUCCUAUUCUUAAAAUUCAAACCACGAGGAAUAUAUAUUUUACACUUUUUCACUCUUUGGUUAAAUAUGGAGUAACAAUUUGGAGUAAAAGUAAUUCUACACACAAGGUAAUCCUAAUUUGAAAAGGUAUUAAGAGAAGUUUAUAUCAAAUUAUUAGUUCCUUUCAUAUUCUCUUCAUUUUCGGUAUUUAUACCCAUAUUUAGUUAUACUAGAUGAUUUAACUGCUUUGUCAUUUUUGAACUGUACGUAUUAUUGCUUUAUGUCUCUUUGCUCAAGUUUCAUUGCGCAAUGUAUGUCUCCUUAUAUGUUUCAUAUUCACCUGCCGAUGUAGGAAUGUUGGAUCAAUGAAAUGUGUAUGUAUGUAUGUAUGUAUGUAUGUAUGUAUGUUGUAUGUAUGUAUGUAUGUAUUCCCAAGUCAAUGCUGCAGUGAUGAUAAUCAGCAUAAUUAAUGUAUAAUUACUGCUUGCUCAGGGCAGAAAGAAAAUUUAUGUAAAAAAAUGUAAUAUUUCAGGUAUUUUUAACUACAUUCCAUAGUUCAUCAUCAUCAGUAAUCUGUCAAGAUGACAGGUCCACAGUCUCUUUCAAAACAAUUCCUCCACUUAAUGCGA